AUCCUUUGCGGUACAGCUGUAUCACAUAUUUGAUUAUAGGGAGCAGGGUUAUUUCGUGGCGGGGGGGUGGCGGUGGAAAACGGUGUCGUUUUUCGGAAACGCUGAGACUACUUUGGCGACAUGAUGUGCGACGGCGCUAACAGGAGUUUUCGGACGCAGCUGGCCGUGAUCCUGGACCGGCUAACAAAGGCGGCUUUGGCUGAGAUCAGCAGCCUGGCUGACGAAUGCUCCUCCGUCCUUCACACCGAGAUAUCCCUGCAUAAGACGGAGAACGAGGCGCUGAAGAAGAGGUGCUACUCUCUGGAGGUCCAGCUGAGGGCAGCCAGAGAGGGGCAGACCUACCCUGCACAUGUCAGCAGCGGUGCCAGGCAACUUUCAGAUCAGCACCAGUCUGCUCCAGCCAUCGAAGGAGUGUUUGGCAAAGACUGGUGCAUGGACCUGUGGAGAGAAGACAAGCUGAACCCUCAGAGAAGACAGCCAAUGGAGGCUGCCAUGGCAAACCUGGGAGCAGAGGCAGCUCACAUGAUGGGCAGAGAACCCGAUCUCAUUUUUGUGAAAGAGGAGACAUAUGACGAUCACCCCAUCGGGCAACAGAUGAGUCACGCCGCCAACAGAAAGCUUGUUGGGAUGUUUGAAGAUGACGCCAUGCUCCGGCGAUCUGUCGAUGAACUGCAGCUCCACUCGGGGGAGCUGAAUAACUUCCCCAUGAUGUCGGAGGGGCAAAUGCUACAGCGGGCGCAGCCGACCAUCGCCGACAGACUAAUAGAGGACGCGGCGAUGAGCAGCCUCGUGCACAACGCCAACCCGCCUCCGGCCUCGGUGGAGCCCCCCACCUACCCAAGCUGUCUCCAAACGAACGCGACCAAAGAGCUCGCCCUGCCGCCCAAACCCGUCAAGGCCACGAAGCGCUUCGACUGCUUGUUCUGCGGGAAAAUCUUCAACUAUCUAAGCAGCCUAAAAGUCCACAUUAGACGCCACUCCGGGGAAAAGCCUUUCAGCUGCUCGGUGUGCGGGAAGCGAUUCGCCCAAAAGACCUACCUGAAGCUGCACCAGCGGGUGCACUCGGGCGAAAAGCCUUACAGCUGUCCAGACUGUGGCAAAAGUUUUUCCCAGAAGAGCUCCCUGAACAUCCACCUUCGGACGCACACGGGUGAAAAGCCCUACAGCUGCGUGGGAUGUGGCAAGUGUUACGCAUAUAAGUACGGUUUGAAUCACCACCAGUGCUUCAACUGGAUGGUCAAACCAGAGGUAUUCGAUACAGGUCCCCUCAGCGCGGCCCAGAGCGACUCAACAUGCGCCACUAUAUCUUUAUUAACACCCAGCAUGGAGGAAAAAUACUGAUUUGAAACAAAAAAAAGACAAUUUGUAUGACCCCUUGUUACCUCUGCUACUUUUUGCCACGUUUUUAGCUUUAGCGCAGGCUUAACGUGGCUGUUUUUGAACAAUAGUCGAGCUUAUGAGUCCAACUUAAUAGAGUAUUUAUUCUUACAGGUCCCAGUUUGACUGAUCAGCCAGCAAGAAAAUGGAAACAUUUACCCUUUAUUUCAUUUUUUGCAUGCGUUUGUUCCUAAUAUCUCAGGCCACAAAAGCACCCAGGAAAUACCAAAUUAUUGACUCUGGGGAAGUGGUCCUGGCCAACCUUUAAAACUACCUCCUUGGAACAAACAAGAUGAAAGACUUUUGUUCCUUUGACCUGCUCUUUAUUUUUCAUACAUUAUAUUUACUUCAUUGCGAAUUAAAUUAAACCGAAGACAUUUUGCCUUGAAUAUAACCGCAAUGAAAGUGUUUAUGUCUUGGUCAUACAUUUAAAUGAGUUUCACAGUCUGUUAUUGCUAACAUUGCGUUACUGUUUGAAUAUGUUAUGGUUCCACCGUGACGGAUCAAUUAAAGAGAAAUUGUUUUGUCAAUAUUCAGUAGAUCCGAUUAUAUUCCUUUUUUUAAAUUUGAUUCUAAUGAAUAAUACAAAUGGCUUACUGUGAAUGUAAAGCUUGCCUGAACUGAUUUGGUUUCAGAGACUGUUCUGGCAGCUUAGAUUUUAUUAGUAAAACGAUAAUAACUGCAAUUGAGUUUUAUGAAAUAAAACCAAUAAACACAA